AUGGCGGACCAACCUCCAUUUCCAUUCAAAACGCACACUGGCUCACACUUCUUCACCACCCAUCUUUCAAGAAUUCAUAGCCACCAAACCCCACCGCCAACACUAUCCAGAAGAUUGUUCCUUCCUUCAGUUUCUGGAAUCUGGGACGCCUUAACUGGGGAUAACAAUGCCCGCGAAGCCGUUUCUGCCAUUCGACGUGGAAUGCCACUCUUUCGGCAGGGUGAUGUGCCAGGUUCUUUGGUGGAAUUCGAUAAGGCAAUUGAGUUGGAUCCUCGUCAAAAGGCAUAUCUUUGGCAAAGGGGGCUGUCAUUAUACUAUCUUGAUAGGUUUGAAGAAGGGGCAGAGCAAUUCCGGUUAGAUGUUGCACAUAAUCCAAAUGACACAGAGGAAUCCAUAUGGUGCUUUCUUUGUGAAGCCCAAUUAUGUGGGGUUGACGAAGCAAGGAAACAGUUUCUUGAGGUUGGCAAAGAUCCACGACCCAUCAUGUGGGAAGCCUAUAACAUGUUUAAAAAUGGCGGGGAUCCUAAAUAGCUUGUUGCUGCAUUUUCAAAUGGCAGGGAGAAUGAGUAUUUCUAUGCUUCUCUGUAUGCUGGGCUUUAUUACGAAUCCGAGGAAUGAGUUCCUUUAUCCUUUGAAAGAAACUCCAUGUCAACUGAUGUGAACUGUCACUAUUAAGAUACUUAAGGAGAAGAUGUUACUAUUAAGAUACUUAAGGAGAAGAUGUUUCACCUUACAUCAUUUCGGCCUUCCUCAGUGGCCUAAGUUCAUUCAUUUAUCUGUUAUACCCGUUAGUCAAUGUUAGGAAAGUAUAUCAAGGAGGGUGAACUAAGUUGGUAAAGUGUAGGCUUCUUGGAAGUAUUAAUCUACCAUUCAUACUUUCGCAGGGAAAAAUAUGUUUAUUGAAGGAGAAUGGGGGGAUUUUUAGAAGAAUAUUUCUUGCAUGUCAAGAGUUUAUCUUUGCUUGUUAUUUUAGCACAUAUGAGGAUCUGCUGUCAUGUACAUCUUUUAUUACCAGUUUCUGGUGAUAACUCGUGUUUACCAGUUGUUGUUAUAACUCUGGUGUAAAGAAAUUAUCCCAUUUCCAUUUGGUAAGUGGAAGUCCUUCCAUUCUCUCUAACCUUGGUGUUUUGACAUUACUGAUAAAAGAGUAAAUUGAGAUAUCGUGUAGCAUGCUUGGUUACUGAUGAACUCAUUGACAACCUUUAUAAGGAAAAUGGACUCAUUGUCCCGUCGCUGAUUGGUCAAUCAAGAUCAUGACUUGCCACAUUAAAUGCGGAUCAACUUGGAUCAAAUCGCCACUCUACCACAUUAAAUGUGUGUCACACCGUUGCUCAGUCGAUCGAGAUCACCAACCCCAAAUCUCAACUGUUCAUUUUCCCGCACGAAAAUAUUUUUUACAGGUGGUAUGACUCUCUCAGUCGAUCUAGCCCUCUCCUCAGUCGAUCAAGACUUUUGCAAAAACUUGGAAAUUCUGAGUUUCGAUUCUAAUUUUUGGUCCUUUUUUCAUGCUCAAGUUUAUCAUUCUUGAUGUGUAGAAAUUUAAUAUUUUAUCUCAAUAUUUCUACGCUUCUAAUUUUCAAA